UACUGCUACGUCGUCUGUAUUGUAGACAGUUUGGCCGUAGAUUUAGCGCUGUUACGACUAAAACACUCCAUUGUAGAUGGUCCUUUACAACCCAAAGAUCAAAAUUGACAUUAAAAUACAGUGUUUACAUUCCGCUAAAAUUGUACAUACGUUGCUUCGAUAAAUUUUCGUGUUUUACGGCAUUGUAGAGUACUUUAAACUAACCUACCUGAACCUAUACAUCUACUCGCCAUCAUAUACAUCUCUUUCUCUUCCCAACUUGCUUUUUCAUCGGUCGACUCGUCAAGAAUGAGUUCUCACGGAAAAGCAGAGACUGACAGGCUUAAAAAGAAUUUAGAAGAACAAUUGGACCGCCUUGUGCAACAAUUGGAAGAUCUAGAAGUUUGCAGGAUUACCUUAGACGAGACAGAUUAUCAAGAAUGUAAGGAAGACACUAUGGAGCAACUCCGUGAGUUUAAUGAGAGCUUACAAAGAAUGAUAUCUGGAAAUAUGACUUUGGUCGAUGAACUUGGAGCAAUGCAAUUGGCAACUCAAGCAGCUAUCAGUGCAGCUUUCCAGACACCAGCUGUGAUCAGAAUGUUUGGCAAACGGGAGCCUGCCAGACUUAAGGAACGUCUCUCACAACUUGAUCGAGAUGUGAAACUAGGAAAACUGGACAAACAAACUGCUGAUUGUCAGCGGGGAGAAAUAUUAAGCGCAUUGAGACAACUUGGAGAAAAGUUAGAAUCAUCUGAAUUACAGUUGCUGGAGCGAUUAUCUUUAAAUAAUAUAGAUUCCACCAGGUACGUGCAAGUGAAUGAAAUAACUGAAAGGGGCCAAAUGGCUCUUGAUGUAGUUGGCAAAGAAGUUAAAGCUAGCCAAGAUACUUGAACUAAUAAUAAUAUUAUUUUAACGUUAGGCAAUUUUUAAAAAUUUAUUAAAGUUUUUUUUAUCGAACAACUUAUCUUUUACAUCUGUGUAAAAUUUGGUGCUGGUGCUAAAUUUUUUUUCUCCAAAGUUUUCAUACCUUGAAAUUUCACAAGGUUUUGAUACCAUUAACAUUCAAAGUAAACAUCACUACAAAUUAUAAUAUACUCUAUACUUAGUGUUGCUACUAAACUGUUGUCUAGAUUUUUUUGUAAUGUAGUGCAAUGUGAUAAUGAUUGUUAUUUGAUAUAAAAAAAUAAUACUCUCUAUGAAAUGUGAAUAUAAAUAAAUAUAAAUAACAUAAGGAACAUAUAUAUAUAUAUAUAUAUAUGUGUGUGUGUGUGUGUGUGUGUGUGUGUGUGUGUGUGUGUGUGUGUGUGUAACUUUAUGCAAUUUUUAGUAUAUAAAUAUGUUAUUUAAUUAUUUACCAUGGUCCAGUACAACAGCUAUUUCAAAUUUGAUUUUAUAAUGCACAUUAGAUACAAUAUAUAUAAAGGCAUCUUCUACAUUGUUCACAAAAUUGUUGCGUGAAUUGUGAAAUAAAUAUAUUAAUGUUUUUGUG